CGGCGCCGUGCCGGGCCGUCCCUCGCCGGCGGGGCCAUGGCCGCGAGCGCCAAGCGGAAGCAGGAGGAGAAGCACCUGAAGCUGCUGCGGGAGAUGAGCAGCCUCCCGCCCAACCGCAAGUGCUUCGACUGCGACCAGCGGGGCCCCACCUACACCGACAUGACCGUGGGCAGCUUCGUGUGCACCUCCUGCUCCGGCAUCCUGCGGGGCUUGAAUCCACCCCACAGAGUGAAGUCAAUUUCAAUGACUACGUUCACACAACAGGAAAUAGAAUUUCUGCAGAAACAUGGAAACGAAGUGUGCAAACAGAUUUGGCUCGGCCUAUUUGAUGAUAGAUCAUCAGCAAUUCCAGACUUCAGGGAUCCACAGAAAGUAAAGGAAUUUCUACAGGAAAAAUAUGAAAAGAAAAGAUGGUAUGUUCCUCCAGAGCAAGCCAAGGUGGUGGCAUCAGUCCAUGCAUCCAUCUCGGGCUCUUCUGCCAGUAGUACAAGCAGCACGCCUGAGGUGAAGCCGCUCAAAUCUCUCUUGGGAGAAGCUGCACCCGCACUGCACUUAAACAAGGGCACACCUAGCCAAUCUCCUGUUGUAGUUCGAUCUCAAGGACAGCAGCAACAAGAAAAGAAACAAUUUGACCUCCUCAGUGACCUUGGCUCAGAUAUCUUUGCUGCUGCCCCUCCUCAGUCAACUGCUACAGCGAAUUUUGCUAAUUUUGCACACUUCAACAGUCACACAGCGCAGAACUCUGCCAAUGCAGGUUUUGCAAACUUUGAUGCAUUUGGACAGUCUAGUGGCUCGAGUAAUUUUGGAGGUUUCCCCACAGCAAGUCAGUCUCCUUUUCAGCCCCAAAAUACAGUGUGGUGUUGUUUUAAACUUUUUUUUCAAAUUUUCUUUCUCCCUUCUUAUGUUAACUUUAACCCACACACAAUUUCUGGCUGUCCAGCGUUCAGAACGCUUUCAUCUAGCUGCAGUUUUGGUGAAUUUACUUCAGCUUUUCCUCUCCAGGCUGUACACAGUGGAAGUGCUGGAUCAGUGAAUGCUAAUUUUGCUCACUUUGAUAACUUCCCCAAAUCCUCCAGUGCUGAUUUUGGAUCCUUCAAUGCUUCUCAGAGCAACGCCACAGCAACUGCAGCCAGUAAAGCUGCAGUGAAUAAACUGAAUCUUCAGUCAGCUGACAAAUAUGCAGCUCUUGCUAAUUUAGAUAAUAUCUUCAGUGCAGGGCAAGGUGGGAGUGAGCAGGGAAGUGGCUUCAGCACAGCAGUGUCCUCAGCAGGCCCUGCCCUGUCAGCCCCCAACCAGCCAAGUGCGUCUUCGGACAAGUACGCGGCGCUGGCGGAGCUGGACAGCGUCUUCAGCUCCACGGCCACCUCCAGCAACGCCUACACCGCCACCAGUAACGUCAGCAGCAAUGCUUUUGGAACAGUACCUGUAGCUGCUACAGCACAGACGCAGCCUGCAUCUUCAAGCGUGCCUGCUCCAUUUGGAGCAACACCUUCCACAAAUCCAUUUGUAGCUGCCCCUGUUGCCCCAGUGGCACCUUCAACAAAUCCAUUCCAGACCAAUAGCCGAGGAGCAACAGGCCUCUCGGGAGCAAUGCACUCUCACAUAUUUCCUCAGGCUCAUUUUGCAGCAACAUUUGGUACUGCAUCCAUGAGCAUGCCGGCAGGAUUUGGAACUCCUGCCUCCUACAGUCUUCCUACUAGUUAUAGUGGCAACUUCCAGCAGCCCACGUUCCCAACCCAGGCAGCUUUCCCUCAACAGACUGCUUUUGCUCAGCAGCCAAAUGGAGCAGGUUUUGCUACAUUUGGGCAAGCAAAGCCUGUAGUAACUCCUUUUGGACAAGUUGCAGCUGUUGGAGUAUCUAGUAACCCUUUUAUGGCUGGUGCACCAACAGGACAAUUUCCAACAGGAAGCUCAUCAACCAAUCCUUUCUUAUAGCCUUAUAGACACUUUACCCAAAAGAACUCUUAUGUGGUCACAUAACAUCUCUGCGCCUCUUGCACUGUUGUCUUGUUUCACUGAUAUUAGCUUUAAACACAAAAGAAGUCUUUAAGAAGUAAAAAUAAAAGCCUGCAUUGUGUACCUUUAAAAAGUUUCAAAAAGGAAAAAAAAAAAAACACCACCCGACACAAAAAGCAAGAAAAGCAACCCCCCACGAGGUAAUAACGUGCAAAACAGAGGGCUGUGGUAACAUCCUUGAACCUGUGAAGUGGCAGGUACAAAGUAGCGGUAUCAUGUGUAUUACAAUUGGCUAAUAAGUUAUUGCAGAUACCACACUCAUUAUGCUGCAGUACUGUACAUAUUUUUCUUAGAAAAUAGCUAUUUGUGCAUAUCAGUAUUUGUAACUUUAACACAUUGUUAUGUGAAAAUGUUACUGGGGAAUAGAUCAGCCACUUUAAGGUGCUGUUGUAUCUCUUGGAAUGAAUGAGCUGCAUCAUUUUAACCAUUGGUAUUGGAAGUCACGAAGUUAAAUUGAAGGUUUGUUCAUUUCUCAAAAUGUUUUCCUUUCCUAAGAGCUCUUCUAUUUAUACAUGCCUAAAUCUCUAAUGUUAGAGGGAUACCUGUCUGCAUAAUAAAGCUGAUCAUGUUUUGCUACAGUUUGCAGGUGAAAAAAUAAAUAUUAGAAAAAAACCCCUGUGUAGCAUUAUUUCUGUGCAGUAACAUGUACUGAAUGAAAAUGUACACACUGUGUCUUGUAUACAGAUGAAGUGUCCAAAGCAGUGUGUUUAAAGGUGAGCUAAGCCUAAAAUUUUCACAUCCUCACUUGGAUGUUUCUUUUUGCCCUUGUGAUGAAGCUCACUGUUCUAGCUCAAGUGAAGUGACCUGUCACACAGGAGAGUGUUAGGUGAGGUUUGGAUUGUUUGCAUAGAGUAUGUCAUGAAGGACACUGGAAGCACUGGGAAGGGUAGUUACUGGAGAGGAGGUUUGCAGCAAAGGACACCUUAUUAUGGGUAACUAAUGACAGGCCUUAGUUGUGCUCUGAACAGAGUGUGUAACAGCAGGCCAAGGGACCACAGAUG